AUGACGGAUACUGAAAAGGAGGUCAAGCUCACCAAGUUACUGCAAGGUUAUAUUGAAAAGGGAGAUGAUAAAGUGAAAACUGAUGAGGUAUUUCGUGAUGAGAAUUUCCGUAUUGUCAUGUAUCGUAGUGAAGGAGAGAGCGAUUAUCAGGAUACGGGACGUGUUAUGUGCUUCGAUUGUAAGAAGCUGCUCAGUGGUAGAGACGGAAGUCAUCUACGGCGGCACUCCAAAACGUGGUGCAAAAAGAAAAGAAAAAUGGUUGAUGAAGGAAUGGAAAACAUGGAUACGAAUGUUCUGGAAGUGAAAACUCGUAAAAUCGACGGACGUUCUUUUAAUCACCUCAGCUCCAUGGCAAUGCGAAAACUAGUACUGGACGUAAGCAAUUCGUUAAGUGGAGGGUACGGUGAAGCGGCCUUAAAUCAACUUCCUUGUCGAAACACUAUUCAAAAAAUUUCGGAGAAUAUGGCUCAGAGCCUGAUUUCGAAACUUUUCAAUUAUUUGACACGUUAUGUCGGGAACAAACUCCAUCUCAUAAUCGAUUAUGGCAAAUUGGUUACCCAUUAUCUGAGUGUAUACGGAUCUUUUGUUGACGAAAAUUUCACUCUCCACGUUGUGCCUUUGUCAUUCAUUCCCUCGUUCGAAGGAAAAAGUGGUUAUGAUACGGCGAAAUUGAUUAAACACCGGCUGGAAGAGUACGGAUGGACACAAGAACAGAUUGAAGCUUGCUAUGUGACAGCAGACGGCGGACUAUCAAAUAUCGGAAAUUAUUUUCAUAGCUACGUACGGUGUGUGUCGCAUAGCCAGUUGCCGCCGGAAGUGAUUGAUAUGCUUGCUCGAUUGGAAGACGUUAUCACUAUUUCAAAGAAGAUUGCCGGAUACGUCAGAGGAAACUCGACACUGUGUCAUUCCCUUCCACGUCUUCCAACACUUCCGUGUGAUACUAGAUGGCUCAACGGUGUUCACUGUCUAAAAGAUGUUAUGGAGUUGAUGGAUUUCAUUGAGAAGAAUAUUCAACUAUUUUCUCCUAAAGGGAGAGAACGAGUCAGGCGCCUCGGUAUGGAAGACGAAAAACUGGCUCAUUCAAUUUUGCUUGUGUUUUCCCCUCUCAUGCAGUACAACGAGGUCUUUCAAAACCAAAAGAAAAUUACGUUGAAUCUGGUCCUACCAGCCUAUAAGCAUUUAGACAACCGAUUCAAACAGUUUCUCGAUAAUGAUUUUUCUGGAGUUGAUAUCGAUACGAUUGACAAAGAAUAUGUUCAAGCUAUGUCAGAAUCCGGUCGAUUGGCCAUCAAGCAUUAUUAUGCUGAGUUCACCGAUUUACACUAUGGCGCUGUUUUAUUAUCCCCUUAUACUAAGAAAAUGUCAAAUUUCGAUGCAACCGAGAAAUCCAGAGCUAAACACUUUAUCAUGAACCAGCUUCCAAAGGACCCGUCACCUAUGCCGAUUUCUCCUGCUCCCACACAAACAGACGGCAUCGACGUAUUAUAUGCUCUCUUCCGUGACACACCCUCAUCCAGUGUUCAUAAUAACGAUGAACUAGAGAGAUAUUUAAACGAACACGUCGACUCAACUGCUAACGAAACUCUCGAAUCUUACUGGCGUCGGAAAAAGAGCGAAUUUCCUACGCUCCAUGAAGUGGCUUCAAGACUGUUCAGUGUCGUGGCAAGUGAAGCCGUUUGUGAAAGUUGCUUUUCAACUGCUGCUCACCUUUUGGAUAAGCGCCGCACGCGACUGCAGUACUCCAAAGCGGAGCUCGUCGUCAUGGGAUGCCAAUUGGCGAGCAAGUUUCCCGAAUGGGUCGACGAACUUUCACAAUAG